AUUCACUGUUUCAGCCCGCAUUUUAUCGUCAACUUUAUUAGUCUAUCACUUCGAAUUCGAGCAAAUUGCAUGUAAGUUUCUCAAAAAAUAAAAUUUUCUAUUAUCCUGCAAUAAUUGUGGUUAGUUGAUUUAAUAAAAAUAUAUUGAAGAAAGUGAAUUAAAGUGCGAGAUAUAUCAAUUAAUAUGAUGUUCAGGUGUCUACGAUCAAAGUUCAAUUUUUUGGAACUGAAUUUGUUUCCUGCUUCACACCGUCAUUACAUUAAACCGUUUGCAGUAGUCAUGGCCCAAAAAAUUAAAGUCGAUAAUCCAGUUGUAGAUGUUCUUGGAGAUGAAAUGACAAGAAUUAUUUGGGAUAGUAUUAAAGAUAAAUUAAUUCUUCCAUUCCUUGACCUUGAACUUAAGACUUUCGAUUUGGGGAUUGAAUAUCGUGACCAAACAAACGAUCAAGUUACUGUUGACUGUGCCAACGCGAUCAAACAAUAUAAUGUCGGAAUCAAGUGUGCAACAAUUACACCGGAUGAGGCAAGAGUUAAGGAAUUUAAUUUGAAGCAAAUGUGGAAGUCUCCAAAUGGAACAAUAAGAAAUAUCCUAGGAGGAACUGUCUUUAGAGAAGCCAUUAUUUGUAAAAACAUCCCACGUUUAGUUCCUGGAUGGGAAAAACCUAUUGUAAUAGGACGCCAUGCGCACGGAGAUCAAUAUAAAGCUACAGAUUUUGUAGUCCAAAGCCCAGGAACUUUAAAAAUGAUAUUCACACCUGCUGAUGGUAGUGCACCUCAGGAAUUUACCGUUAAUGAAUAUAAAGGACCAGGUGUAGCAAUGGGAAUGUACAAUACAGAAGAGUCAAUCAGAGAUUUUGCUCAUUCCUCUUUCAAAUACGCUUUGGAUCGUAAAAUGCCGCUAUAUUUGAGUACCAAAAAUACCAUUUUGAAAAAGUAUGACGGAUUCUUUAAAGACAUUUUCCAAGAAAUUUAUGAUUCAGACUACAAAGCUGAUUUUGAAAAGAUUGGUCAGUGGUAUGAACAUCGUUUAAUUGAUGACAUGGUUGCAUAUUGCAUGAAGAGCGAAGGUGGCUAUGUUUGGGCCUGCAAAAAUUACGAUGGUGAUGUUCAAUCUGAUACCGUUGCUCAAGGCUAUGGAUCAUUAGGUCUUAUGACUUCCGUCCUCGUCUGUCCAGAUGGAAAAACAGUUGAAGCUGAAGCUGCUCACGGAACUGUCACACGUCACUACCGCCAAUAUCAACUGGGCAAGGAAACAAGUACUAAUUCAAUUGCCUCAAUUUUCGCAUGGACUCGAGGUUUGUUACAUCGUGCUGCACUUGACAAUAAUACUGAAUUGAAGAAAUUCUGCGAAACAUUGGAAAAAGUUUGCGUCGAUACAAUUGAAAGUGGCUCCAUGACAAAGGAUUUGGCAAUUUGUGUUAAAGGCUCAAUGAGCGCCGUAAAGCCUGGCGAUUAUUUGGAAACAUUUGCAUUUUUGGAUAAACUUGCUGAGAACUUGCAAAAAGCUCUCGCAUGACUCAAUUAUACACAUAAAGGUGAAGGGUUCCUGUUGACGAAAUCUCGCCUAUAAAUUUCUACUUGCAUAUUCCUUUUAUAUACUCGGGUAUUUAAUGGCUCAUAAUUUAACAUUUGGUGGAUGUAUUGAAAUUUUUGAAAACUAGAAUAAAAGAGAUGCCAAUUUUCAUUUUUUCUCAUUUA